AUGGCGCAGCAGCGCCAUACUGAACUCGACCCACUAUGGCUGUCUGUCUUCUUCAUGGUGAUGGCUCUGGCACUUGACAAUCGGUCAACAGCUGCAACAGGCCCAAGUCAUCCUUUUCACGGAUACACACACCAGAGACUCAACGAGCUCACCAGUAAAUAUCAUGCGGUGAGCAUCAAGGCACUAUAUCUUGGUGAUGCUAUGUCUACCCCACGAGUCAGAACGGUGCAAGCCGUAAUCCUAUUUAACCAAUUUUUCCAGCUGUCAAGCGCCUGGAGAAAAGCCGAUACCAUGCUGAACUGGAAUGCUUUAGCCAUUCGUACAGCUCAGUUGAUGGGUCUACACAGGCUAGGAAGCAAUCCGGAGACAAUGCCUCCCGAUGACCCUGCCUGGCCUCCAGGCAAGAACGCCGUCAAGCGUCAUAUGGGACUUCGGAUCUGGAUGAUGUUGCAAUGGGCUGAUUGGAUGUCUGCAUCGGCACGUUUCCGCUGCUACACUAUCCAUCUAGAUCAGUGUACAUCACAACUGGUUGAUAAUGUCAAUGACUGGGAGCUUUCACCAACAGAAUGGCAGUAUACGCCUCGACCCGCUCAUGUCGUGACGGCCAGCUCCUUUGAGGUCUACAAAUGGAAUAUCGCCAACAUGUUGCGUCUUACUUUUGAUAAGCUCAUUACUUAUGCUGACAAAUUUUCGUACUCUACUGGUGGGUUGCACUGCUGCAGGGCGAUAAAACGAGAUUUGGCGCUGAUGACCCUACUCAUGGAUAGUUUUGGAACUGGAUGCCGGAUACAGGAAGAUUUUAGAGGGCUUGCCGUGAGUAUCAUCAAACCUCAGUUUACGAAGGGAUCUUUGCAGAAAGCUAACGACUAUAUCGCUCACAGCGAAGCAUAUCAACGAGAGAAUAGUGUGGUUGAUGGCAGUGAUCCUAGAAUCCGCCGCCAACGAAGUACACUUACCCUCACCUCUAGACACGCAAAUCCAUCUAACUGUAUCUCACUUUACUAUAGUGAUCUUCUAUCCGAGAGUCAAUCUCGUCGAUCAGCCAAGGCUCGCAGUUUCAAUCAGCAACAGCCGAUUCCAAAGCCUGCUUCCUUUUCUGAGGUGCUACGCCGCAUAUCUCGCAACAUGACACUGGGCACGCGCAACACUAGAAUCGAGGAUCCAGGGUCAACAUCCUCGUCCUCUUCACACUUCCCAUCCUCAGCUUCAGCUUCUUAUAACCAACAGCCUUUCUCAGAUAACAGCCCCGCGAACGGCCCCGAACAACCGAUGCCACAGGCAUAUCUCGGUGCUGGAUUCUACUCAGCGCUCGGAAUGCAGAUGCAGGAUGACUCUGAUCCAACCUACGCUAACAACAUGUGGAAUCUGAACACGUCUCCUGCAGAUAGCCAGUCCGAUCUGUCGUUCCUCAAUGUGUACCAAGGUGCUGGGCCGGACGUAUCAGAUCGAUAUGGACUCUGGCAAUUCUUUGUUGGGCAGGAUCUUCUUUGA